CGAUGUAAAGAUGGCUGCGCCCAUGGGACAUGAUCGUUCACGAAAACCAGUCUCAGAUAACGAUGAUGAGGACGACGAUCUUGUUGACAAAAGAUUAAAAGAGAUGGGAUGCAUGGAUAAACAUUUAGCGGUCCAAGAUUGUAUGUUUGAUACCAAAGAUUGGAGAAAGUGCCAGGAGCAAGUGAAGGCUUUCAAGGCAUGUGUGGAAAACUAUGAAAAGCAGAAAAAGAAGACUUGACCAUAAUAGUUAAUAGUUAAUGAUGCCCAGUAGAUACAUUGUACAAUAGAAAAUCUGUAAGAACGAGUGCAAUUGUAGCUCUCUUUCAAGAUGCUGUAAACUUAAAAUAUGGUACGUUAUUUCAGAGACUAUUAAUGCAAAGGAACAGAUAUUGGACUGCAGUCAGCAGACAACCACAAUAUGCAAGCCGGAGAGCUCACAUAUUUUUCUAGAAAUCCAGCGUAAUGUAAUGAAAAUGCAGAAAACUCAAAAUGCUACAUGUAUCAUAAUUCUUGCUUUAUUUUUCUUUGCCAUGCUGGAAAUGGUUGUGACUGAUUUUUCUAUGCACAGUCUGUACAACUUUCUUCUUAAAGAUCAAUACAUAUAUAUAACAUGUCUUUUAAAAUCUGCAUUAUGAACACUAUUUGAUGCAAUAUGUCUUACAAGAGUUUAUCCUUUGUCUUGUAGACAUAAAGUCAUGCAUCACAAAAUAUAAACUAUCAUAUUGAUAGAAUUAAA